GCAGCCAAAGGCACACGCUUCCAUGGUGUAAUGCAGUCCGCCCCAAUGAGUCAUCCCUCCUCAAUGCCGCAUGGGAAAUAUGAGGACGUGCCCCGAUCAAAAGAGCUCUGGCUAUAAUAUGCUCAGUUUAUUCUGGAGUAAAUGAAGUGUAACGUCACCAGCGAUAAGGUUAUCAGCAACAGUGAUGUCAGACCUUCAUCUGGCUGCAGGUGGGAAUUAGCUGAAUUCCCCAGGCCUGAGGAUCCUGUUUCUGACCUCUGUCUUCCGAGUAAAUGCAUUCUUCAAGCACUGAUGUAACUAGAAUCUGUUUUUAUUAUUCCUUUGCACGAUGCAGGGCUGCGGCAUGAUGACACAGUUAAUGUCAGAGUAAAAACAGCUCUCAGAGGUGCUGUAUGAUAAUAAUUAUGGGCCAGAAUGAGGGGUUGUAAGGCACUCCCACCACCAGCAAAGCUACAUGAAAGCUUCAUGCUGCUUCUUAGUUUGGUAUAAAAGGUUUCUGACUCCACACUGAUCAGAGGGAGCGAUGGGUGACUUUAAAGAUAGUGUUACUGCAGCUGCAAUCAACCUGGCAGAUGACGCCCCGUGGAAAAAGAUACAGAAGAACACCUUCACACGCUGGUGCAAUGAACACCUGAGGUCUGUGGAGCUGCAGAUCAGCGAUCUUAAGUUUGAUCUGAGCGAUGGCCUUGUCCUUAUCUCGCUGCUGGAGGUCCUGAGCCAUAAGAGGAUGUUUAGAAAGUACCACACGCGACCCACCUUCAGACAGCUCAAGCUAGACAACGUUUCGGUGGCUCUGGAGUUUUUGGAUCAUGAAAAGGUUAAGUUGGUGUCUAUAGACAGCAAAGCCAUAGUGGAUGGGAAUUUGAAGCUGAUCCUGGGUCUAGUUUGGACCUUGAUUCAGCAUUACUCCAUCUCCACCCUGGCGUGGGAGGAUGAGGCAAACGAUUCUGUCUCCAAACUGACUCCAGAGAUAAGGCUUCUGGGAUGGAUCCAAAACAAAGUCCCUGAACUGCCAAUCACUAACUUCAGCCUGGACUGGCAGGAUGGCAAGGCUCUCGGUGCAUUAGUGGAUGGACUGGCACCAGGCUUGUGUCCUGACUGGGAGAGCUGGGAUGCAGUGCAUCGGGUGAGUAACACUAAAGAAGCCAUGCAGCAAGCAGAUGACUGGCUUGGAGUUCCACAGCUCAUAGCCCCAGAGGAGAUUCUUGAUCCAGCCGUGGAUGAGCAGUCAGUGAUGACAUACCUCUCACUUUUCCCCAAAGCCAGGCUGAAACCUGGAGCCCCACUCAAGCCAAAGAAAGUGCCAAAACCCAAAGCCUGUCGUGCCACAGGACGGGGAUUGCAGUCCAAAGGCAUGAGAGUAGGUCAGCUGGCCGAAUUUAAAGUGGACACCUGCAAAGCUGGGCCUGGUAAUCUGGAGGUCCUUAUUAAAGACUCCAGUGGCAAAGCAGUGUCUGUCAGACAGAAGGAUGCACUUGAAGGUGUAUAUACCUUUGAAUAUACACCCACUGCUAAAGGAGAUCACACAGUGGACAUCACCUGGGUUGGUCAGCACAUUGCCAAGAGCCCAUUUAAAGUCCAUGUUGGUUCAGAAGCUGGUCCACAGAAGAUUCGAGCAUGGGGACCAGGACUAGAGGGAGGGACUGUGGGCUUGUCAGCUGAUUUCUUGGUGGAAUCUGUUGGUGUGGACUCUGGCAUGCUGGGUUUUGCCAUUGAAGGUCCAUCUCAGGCAAAGAUCACAUGUGAUGACCAAAAUGAUGGCUCCUGGCUUGUGCGGUUCUGGCCGACUGAGGCCGGUGAGUAUGCUGUACACUUAAUGUGUGAUGAUGAAGAAAUCCAGGACAGUCCCUUCAUGGCUUCCAUCAGACAUAAAAGAAAAGACUCCCACCCUGAAAAGGUGAAAGUAGAAGGACCAGGUGUUUCCCAAACUGGGUGCGUAGUGAACCUCCAAACCCAGUUCACUGUAGAUACCAGGCAAGCUGGUGAAGGAGAAUUAAAAGUUUAUGCUCAGAGAGCAGAUGGAGAAUGUGUAGAUGUUAGUGUUGCCUCUGAACAGUCUGGUGUCUUUGUCUGCUCCUACAUCCCUUCGUCUCUCUCCAAACAUACCAUUGCUGUGUCUUGGGGUGGAGUCAUGGUUCCUGGCAGUCCUUUCAUUGUGACACCUCGCAGGAUUAAGAUUACACCAUGUAGCCCAGUCUGGUUUAAACCAGAUGGAUCAGAAAUGUAUUACUCUGAUGAAGAGAUGGACCUUGAUGAAGACUUUCCAGACAAUGCAGGGCCUGGUAGUCAUGGAGAACUUGUUAUGAAUGUAUUCAGCCCGUCAAACAACCCAGGCGACGCCACAAAGGUAAGGGCUUGUGGUCCAGGCCUAAAAGAAGGUGUUCUUGGAGAACAGGCAGAGUUUAUCAUUGACACAAGCAGCGCAGGCAGUGGACGCCUUGCCAUAAGAGUGGAAGGACCCUGUGAAGUUACACUAAAAUGUCUGGACAAUCAAGAUGGCACUUGUACAGUGUUUUACCUCCCCACAGAGCAUGGAAUGUACAAAAUAAAUGUCCUUUUCGACAACUCUCACAUAACUGGCUCUCCAUUCCAGGCUGAUAUCCAGAAACCGAUUGACCCAUCUAAAGUUUUGGUAACAGGUCCUGGUCUGCUACAGGGGAAAGUCGGAGAACCUUGCAUUGUAAAUAUAGACUGUGCAAUGGCAGGAUCUGGAGAUCUAUCUGUGCAUGCUGUCUCUGACUCGGGAGUCAUUGUCCAAACUGAAGUGAAGGAGAAUGAAGAUGGCACCUUCACGGCUGUUUAUGUGCCUCUAACUGGAGGCGUAUAUACGCUGCUUCUGAAAUAUGGAGGAAAGGUGGUGCCCAACUUCCCCGCUAAAGUCAUUGUGGGUCCAAAGGUCUACAAAAGCCAUGUAAAAGUGAGCAGGCAAGGAGGCAUUGUGGUUGGUGGAAGGGAAGCUGACACAUGUCAAGUUGUUGCAAAUGGUUUGGGUCUCCGAAAGGGCCUCACUGGACGUGCUAAUAUGUUUAGUGUAAACGCCAGAUCUUCAGUUGAUGAUCUGGGCAUAACAGUGGAGGGUGCAUCUGAGUGUCAUGUGACAUGCGAAGACAACGGUGAAGGCAUGUAUGAUGUGGAAUAUACUCCUUCAGUGCCUGGUGAAUAUAAGAUCACCAUUACCUCUGGAGAGAAAAGCAUUCCAGGAAGUCCAUUUAUUGCAUCAGUAGAGGAUGUUUCUGCAGAUUCUGGAGUCUGUCUGCAGUCAGGGCUUUGUUUAUCUACAAAUACUGUCUCUCAAGGUACUGAAAUGACAGGGAUCAAAUACAGUGGAUAUGGGAUUUACACAAUGAGUCCAACUCCAUCAAUGGAAGACGGAGAGUCUCUCAUAGAUCCCCAGAGUCCUUAUAAAAGCAGCAGUCCCAUCCAGUUCCAAGCUCUGACUAAUUGUGACUGUGAUGUUGAGCUUCCCUCAGCUCAUGCUGUGAAUAUGGAAGAGAUUAUUGUUCCAGGUUUUAAAGGUAGAAUCUGUAGUAGAACUUCCCAAAUGUUUACGAUUGGCUGCAAUAGCAGUGGAGAAGCACCUGAGACUGUUGCUGUGGUGAGACCUGAUGGGUCCAUGGAGCUCCUGGAGCUGAAAAAAAGGGGAGAUGGCACUUAUAGCGUUGCCCAUUUGCCCACCAUGGAUGGCUGUCAUUUAUUAACAGUGAAAUUCACUAGUGAGGAGACUUUUAAUAGACAAUUCAGUUUUCAAGUGUUGCCGAUAGAUGAUACAGCUCAGGUUAAUGUAGCAUGUCUAGGUCUGACAUCAGGAAUGUGUGCCUGGCAUCCUCAAACAUUUACUGUCGACUCCACCUCCACAAAAAAAGUUCCACAGCUUGUUGCAAUAAUGACACCAGAUGGCUUGACUGAGGUAUUUGAGGUCAGAGAUAAUGGCGAUUGGACAUACACCGUGAACUACACCCCUUCAAUGGAAGGACUUCAUUCUUUGAUGGUCAAAUAUACUAAAGAUGCUUCUUUUGGCAGUCCUUUCAAGUUUCGAGUGCUGCCUAUGCCUGAUUCUAAAUAUAAGCAUCAUGGAGGCCAAGGCUUGAGGAAUGGGACUCCAGUUUUUGGAUUGGAUUUAGACGCACAAGUGUGUGUAAACACUCCUCAAACCUUCACAAUUGAUGGCAGUUGCACCGGAGAGCCGCCAGAGACUGUAGCUGUUGUUACACCUGAUGGCAAAAUAAUGCUAUUAAGUGCAAAAGACAAUGGAGAUGGAACGUACUUAGUGGCGUACUCCCCUUCUGUUGAAGGAUCUCACUCGAUUAUGGUCAAAUAUACCAAUGAUGAUUCCUUCAGAAGUCUUCACAGGUUUUACUCUGGUAGAAGGGAUGAAGAUGUCUUAAAUAAAGAGGAACCUUCGAGUCAGGAGGGAAGAGUCAAUACUACGGCUCCUCAAACAUCCGCCAACUGCUACAGUGUUGCACCAGAGACUGUCACCAUGGUGAAAGCUAAUGAUGUGAUGGGCAACAGGGACAGAACUUGUGAGAUGGCUUGCGCACCAAAUUUGAAAAAUUCUGUGGUGCACAAAUACACCAGUGAAGAGACUUUUAGAAGCCUCUCUGAGUUCCAGACAGACUUGACUGUUGAAAAUACAGGACCAAAGAUUUGUGCUCAAAUUCCUCAGUCAUUCAAAAUCAACUGUAGUAAAUCUGGGAAGCCCCCUGAGUGUGUGCUGAUGAUCACCCCCAUUGGAAAGACUGAACUGACUGAGGUCAAAGAAAACCCAGAUGGGACUUACUCUGUGAAAUAUUCUCCCACCAUAGAAGGUCUUCAUUCUUUAAUUGUCAAAUAUGCUGAUGAUGAUUCAUAUUGCAAUCCAUUGAGGUUUCAUGUCCUGCCUCACUCUGCUAGUGAUGAUGAGCAUGGAAUAAAUACUGAGGUUUGUAGUAAACAAUUAAAGGAAGAUGUCUGUGCUCAAAUCCCUCAAACUUUCACAGCUUGCUGCAACACUGAUGAGGCCCCAGAGACUGACAUGUUGAAAGCUGAUGGCACUAGAGAUCUGGUUGAAGUGUUAAAUAAUGAGAACAGGGCCUAUGCAGCAACACACACACCCUCCACUGAAGACUCUCAUUCCUCAGCAGCCAGAAAUCCCAGUGAGGAGGAUUUUCAAAGGAAUUAUAGUCCCCAGUCAUCCUCCUUGCACGCUUCAAGCGGUCACAUAGGUUUUCAAAACCAGGUUGAGGGCAGAAAUGUAAUUCCUCUUGGUGCCAUUAAUCAAGCUGGGUUUAUAUCCUGUGAUAUAGUCCUGUCAUCAGACAUAAGUGAAGGUGAAAUUACAGGUGAGGUGAUCACACCGUCUAGAAAAACAGCACAGCCUGACGUGAUUGAUAACAAAGACGGUACCAUCAUUAUAAAGUUUGAUCCUUUAGAAGAGGGUCUUCACCAACUACUUAUUAAAUCAACCGGAAACGAUCUACCAGUACUUCCACUGCAGUUUUAUGCAAAUAGUCGUGCUAAUCGGAGCACGAUGGCCUAUGGAUGUGGCCUUAUGUAUGGAAUUGCAAAUGAGACAGCAACGUUCACCAUCUGUCAGGAGGAUUCAGCCUCGAGUGAACUGGACAUCACAAUUCAGGGUCCAUCUGAGGCAGAUGUGCGCUGCUUGGACAAUGCAGAUGGCACUUGUACUGUGAGCUACCUCCCAACUGAGCCUGGAGAUUAUGAGAUCCAAGUUCAACAUAAUGAAAUGCCUAUCCGAGGCAGCCCUUUCAAGGCUAAAAUUACUGAUGGAAAUGUGAGAACGUCACAGGUAAAUCUGGGCAGUGCUGUUGACUUCACCAUUAGCAUCACUGAAGAAGACAUUAGCCAGCUCUCUGCCAGCAUCAUGUCACCCACAGGCAAUGAUGUACCCUGCUUACUGAAAACACAACCUGACAGCCAUCUCGGUGUAUCAUUCAUCCCCAGAGAGGCUGGUGAGCAUCUGGUCAGCAUCAUGAAAGACUGUGAGCAUGUGAGCAACAGCCCUAUCUCUCUUUCCAUCAGUCAGGCAGAGAUAGGAGAUUCCAGCAAGGUGAAGGCCUUCGGGCCAGGCUUGCAUAUAGGGCACACCUUCUGCAUGUCUGAAUUUGUGGUGGACACUUGGGAUGCAGGAUAUGGUGGGCUAACGGUUGUAAUUGAAGGUCCCAGUAAAGUAGAUGUUCACACUGAAGAGAUGGAGCAAGGAACCUGCAAUAUAUCGUACCACCCAAUCAAGGCUGGGGCCUACAAAAUCUCCGUUAAAUUUUCAGAUGAGGACAUUCCAGGGAGUCCUUUUACAGCUGUGGUAUCAGACCGUGGACUUAUGAGAGAGAACAUCACUUACAACCAGAAAGCGUCUCCUAUUGCCAGCAUUGGGAGUGAAUGCAGCUUAGCCUUUAAAAUCCCAGGUACUGAUACUGAAGCUCUGUCAGCACACGUGCAUGAACCAUCAGGAACUCUAGGGGAGGCUGUUAUUGUUGCUACUGGCAGUGACGCCUAUGCAGUGAGCUUUCUAGCGAAAGAGAUGGGAGUUUAUAAUGUGACCAUUAAGAACCAAGGCCAGACAAUCCCUGGCUGCCCACUCCAGUACACCGUCGGCCCACUUGGACAAGGAGGAUGUGAAAAGAUCCAGGUGUGGGGACAAGGCCUUCAGACAGCUCUGGCAAGUGUUCCAGCUGACUUUAAUAUUUGGUCCCGUGAGGCUGGCGCAGGAACUCUGUCUGUCUCAGUAGAGGGUCCUGGAAAGAUUAAGCUCCACUUUGAUGAUCAGCUGGAUGAUUAUUACAAUGUGUCCUACACGGCACAAGUGCCUGGAGACUAUGAGGUUUCAGUCAUGUUUAAUGAAGAGCAUAUUUCCGAAAGCCCCUUCCUUGUGUCUGUCAGUGCCGCCACAGAUAAGAGUCUCACACAAGGACAAAAAGGCUAUGAUCAUAAUCAGAUGUGUAACAGUUACGAGGAACCCUCUCUGUCAGAGAUGGAGAUAAACAUAUCAUCUGACAGCAGUGCUGAGCCAGUUUUCCUGUCUAACGCUAGUAAAGUCAUCUGCCAUGGUCCAGGCCUGAGUAAGGGCAUUCUAGGACGCAAAAACACUUUUUAUGUGGACUGCAGUAAAGCUGGACGAAACCUUCUCUUUGUCGGCAUGCAUGGCCCCACUGUCCCCUGCGAGCGGGUGUCGAUCAUUCACAUGGGCGGACAUCAGUAUAGGAUCAACUAUGCCGUAAAGGAAAGGGGGAAAUACAUAUUAGCAGUGAAAUGGGGAGAUGAGCAUAUUCCAGGAUCUCCGUUUCAUAUUAGUGUUCUAUGA